AUGAAUGGUGACAGUGCAUCCGAAUCUGCACUGUGGGAGCAAACGGACCGUCCAGCUCGUCCCGGUGAGCGAGCCAUCAACGCCGAGAGCGACUACGAAUAUGGAUCGCGGGUCGGCAUCUGGCGGAUGUUGAACCUUUUUGAAGCGCACGGCAUCCCCAUUACAUGCUACGCUGUUGGCCAAGCUCUCCAGAUGAACCCGCCUGUAGGACGGGCACUCAAAGAAGGCGGUCAUGAGAUCGCAAGCCAUGCGUAUCGGUGGAUCGACUACCAUUCGAUGUCGCCAGAGCUCGAAAAGCAGUAUAUUGCCAGACAGCUCCAGGUUCUGAAGGAGCUCACAGGGGAAUAUCCGGUGGGGUGGUAUUAUGGACGGCUGUCUCCGCGAUCUAGAGCGCUUGUGUGGGAGGUGUACCAUGAGAUGGGCGUGCCGCUCAAGUGGGAGAGCGACAGCUACGCGGAUGAUCUGCCGUACUGGGUUGAUGUACCCGCCGAAGCGGAAACUCCAAAGCCAGAGGGUAUGCUGAUGUUGCCGUACACGUACGACAACAAUGACCUGAAGUUCCACAGUCCGACAGGCUGCUUUUCGCCACAGGCCUUCUUUGAGUAUCUGCAGGCGGCAUUUGAUACGCUGUUAGAAGAAGGGCAGGCUGGCCGGCCGAAAAUGGUGAGCUGA